AGGCGGUAGGGCUGCGUGUGUCUAAUGUUUUAUUUUUUACUGACAGACGUUCAAGCCAGUCUCACCGAACUCUGGAUCUGAAGAGAGACAACUAACGCAGAAGCAACAAUGGUUUUAGUAACACCUGUGUUGUUGCUGCUGCUCUCUUGGAUAUCGACGCAAACUGUCGCAGAGGUCUGCCGGGGGACGCACUGCUACGGCGCGGAAACCAGCGAUCCAAGACCGUGCGUCGGAGCGCACUGUCCGGGGGGCAGAACCUCCAGACCGCCGCGGCACCAUCACCCGAGAGCGGCGCAGAUAGUGGCCGGCCAACACCAUGCGUACCCGGGCUCUCCAAGAGCAGUCUCAGAGGGGUAUCCGCCUGUGCAGCCACUUCGCGUGCGGCACACUGACAGCAGCAGUGGCACGCGGAUAAGAGCGCCUGAAGUUUUACCUGCAGGAUGCACGGAUGCGGACUGCGCCGCUCUUGUGAAACAAUUUCAGCCCACCACCAAUGACACCCGAGAAUGUAAAGGGAUCGAGUGCAGACUGCCGCUUAGGAUACGGCCAAAAGCCCGAGCGAAGUCAUGUGUGGGAGAGGGCUGUAGUUCAGAUGAGAGCCAGCUCCCUCCUAUCCAUCUGUCCGACAGAGCCGCACAGUUUAUGGGGGAUUUUCCGGAGCUUGGAUAUCCAUCUUCGGAACUUGGCGGAGCUCCUUUGGGUGUCCAGCUCACAUGUGACAUCAAGCCAGGAGAGAAUGAAGUUCCCUCAGAAGACGCCCUCAUCUUGCACCUCCAGCUGGCCAAAGGGCAGGAGAAGCUGGUGGAGGCCCUGCGAACCCAGCAAAUAAUCAUCCGCGACCUGCAGCAGAAACUCGCCGACCAACAGGAGGCGCUUCUGUCCCAGCAGAGGGAGAUCCUGGACCAGCAGCGGCGCAUGUAUGAGCAGAUGGAUGUGGUGAAGAACCAGUAUGGCCUCCUCUCAGAGACCGUCAAACAGGUUUCCUUCCAGGGUCUGCAGGGUGAGCUGCAGAGCUACUUCGAAAGCCACCUGGCGGGUCUGCAGAGCCAGGCUCGCAGCCACCUGCAGAAAUCCUACGCCGUGCACAAAAUGGAUCUGGACUCCAAGACGAUGGAUGUAGUCGAAGAGGCUCAUUUUCCUCAACCUCUGCUGGGAUGCCAUACUUCCUGUGGGCAGGAGGAGUUCUGUGAUUUUCAGAAGGAUCCACCUAAGUGUGAGAAGUGCACCAUGUGUCCGCCGGGCUUCUUCCUGAUCUCACAGUGUUCUCCAACUGCAGACAGGAUGUGCCAGGACAGAGAUGAAUGCCUUGAAGUACCAACCAUUUGUGGAGAGCGGGUGAAGUGUCUUAAUACUCCAGGUGGGUUCAGGUGUCUGGGAGUUUCUGAGAGAGAAGCAGUCAUGGGUUUUUGUGGUCAUGACUACUUCUACAACCAGGAGCUGCAGGAGUGCCAGGCCUGCUCCGACUGUGAUGGAGAACCUGUUUCUGUCACCUGCACCGCUGUCACUGACUCUGUCUGCGGUCAGCCCUCAGAGAGCCAACUCUCCCAGUCUUGGGGGGCCAAUGUUGGAAUUCCUCAUGCUCGAAACCCUGGCACAAACAUCUUCCCAGGGCUUCAACUAAACAUCAGAAGCAAAGAGAAAAUAGAUCUGUUGUCCAAUGAGGUGGGCCAGGUCACGUUCCUGCAGCAUGGCCUGGUCUGGUUGGAUCAUAACUUUGCGAUAAAGCACAGCUGCAGGAACUUCCUUCAGUUGGGAAUGAGGCUCAAUGGGAGCCAAGAAGAGGAGGGUCGGGACCUCAGUGGUGUUCGCAUCGAACAACCGGAUAAGAAAUACUUCCAGGGUGUCAGCGUCAGCAGUGGAGUGGAGGUGGAGCCCAACCACACCUUCACCCUUCUGCUGAAGAGUCCCAAUCAACACUGCAACCAGAGCAAGGAUCUUCACGUCUAUGAUAUCGCCACCAAUUCUCUCAGCUUGCUCUGGUUGUCGCACGACACUGGUGCCGUAGCGAUGACGGCUCAGAUGUCCCUGUUGACGCACUACCAAACCAGCUACCGCCCGACGUUCCGCAUUACCUCAGUCUCCGACCCGUACAUGGUCAUUCUAACGCACGAUAACCGCGGUGUCCGCUUCACAGAAAGCGGCGUUGUAAAGUUCGUCCUCCAGCAGGCGCUUUACUCAAUGGGCCACACCUGCAUCAGAGAGGGUUUCUCCCUGAUCGCCUACACUAACCGCAACGGGACCGGCCAGGAGGCGAUGCAAGCCUUCAAGACGGGCGUCAACUACAGGGACACCUCCAUCACCCUCUCUGGCGCUGUGAGCGUAGCCGGCGGGGACACGCUCAGCUUUGAGAUCACGUCUCCUUCCCAGUGCAACAUCCGCUACUUUGGGGACAGCACCGGGAUCAGUAUGCUGAGUCUUAUCUGGAUUCCUUCAGCAGUGUCUUCAGCCCUGACCGCUACCGUGUCCAAGACCGGUCUGCCCUCCGGAGCGGUCAGGAACAAGCAGCUGUCCUUCCAGCAGAUCAGCCCGGACACGCCCCAAGUUCAUUUGUCUCGCCAAGGGGAGCCGAACAGCAGGAAGAACUUUGUCUUCCAUGAGAAAGGGACGGCGAACAUUGCCCUCAAUCUAAAGCUGAUUCACUCCUGCAAUAUUGUCAGACUCACUAUGCAGAAGGCGUUGGGUCCGGGGGGGACGGCAGCUCCUGUGGCCCAGCAGGUGUCUGGUUCAAUGCCUGAAGGGAGCGAGUGGGCCAGUAUCGGGCUGAGGGCCUCAUUUCCGGUCCAGAAUGGAACAGCAGUGUAUGUGACUCUGGAUUGUAUUCGAGGACGGGUUAACCAGAUUACACACGAGGGCGGCACUAACAUUUCCAUCCUCUGGGUUGCAGUGUAAUCCAAGAAGGGAUUUUGUCAUUAAUGCAUAUUUGAAAAAUACAGUUUUGCACAAUAUUGAAUUGCAGAGCAGAUUCAAGAAUUGACCAAAUUAAGAGAGAAUACUGGUAGACGAUAAACUACUUCAUGCAUUGUAGAUGGAAACAACAUCUAUUACACAUAUUAUUGUUUUAAAUAUAUGUUUCAGGACCUUUUUAGACUUUUAUUGUGAAUUAUUGUGCUUUUUCUUGAAGUACUUCAGCUGGUUGAGCAGUGACCAAUUCUUCAUGAGAUGUGUGUGUGUGUGUGUGUGUGUGUGUGUGUGUGUGUGUGUGUGUGUGUGUGUGUGUG